UGGAUAUACGAACGGCUUGUACACGUUGGAAUCAUUUGCCAGUUUCUUGGCCGGUACACACGAGCUAACCAGGCCGCGAAACGAUACUCCGUUCACCGUGUCUUUCAUCGUUCAACCGAUCCGAGCGACGUUGAAAGUCUACCUUCCGCUUUGUGGGGAACCUCGUGGACCGAAAGUGGUGGACGUACGACCGGCGUUCGACCGCGGCCAAUGCCAGUCGCCAGUGAAACGUGAAACGCGAAACUGGGCGAAAGUUUCGCCUUGUUUGUGGCGAACAAGAGGUAGGGCGGAUUUGUCAUAGUCCACCUGCGGCAAACGCGAAUACAUAGGGAUCUUGUUAAGAGCUCAACCGGACGAUCCGAACGGUUCAUUCGGAUGACGGGUGUCGUGCGGUGUCCUUGCACUUGGUGCGUUUAUGUGCUCUCCGUUUACGGUUACUUCCGGUCGAGCGUGGACUGAAUGAACAUUUAUAGAAUUGAGGUUCGAGAUUGUUACUGUGGGGUAUACCUCGAUGGUGUCUUUGGGUUCGUACGUGCUGCUAGGGAACUUUAGACAUGUGCGAGGGUAAGCCGUGAUUCAAGAAGAAGAAGAAGAAGAAGAAGAAGGAAUGAACAUGAUGCGAUCAAGAGGAACGCUUUCUUUGAUUUCGACGAUGGUGAAGCGAUGUUUCCUCGCGACCAUUCUGGUGCUCGUCCUGAGGCUUGAUCAGAUAGCAGGAUGUCAAUUUUAUCCAGUAGGAGAAUACCUGAAGUUUGUCAGGGUACCAGAGAACUUAGCAAAAGGUACUGAGAUCCUGUCUUUAGAGGCUCAUCCAAGAAAUCACAUCUCAAUUAUGCCAGUGGACAAGGACGAAGACGCCCGUUUCUUCGCGUACAAGGAGGCGAACAGGACCCAUGUUUCACUGGUAUUGGCUCAAUCAUUGGAGGACCUGGUGGACGCGGAGGCACCUAGAAAUCUGCUCAAGUUCCGCGUGGUGUGCGAUUACUCCGAUGGCGGUGAUUCUCUGGUGACGUCCCACCUGUCAGUGACAGUCUACGUGGAGGACAUAAACGAUCAUGCACCGCAAUUUGUCGAUGCGCCUUACCAUGUAACCGUGGACGAGCUAACCCCAGUCGGUGUCACGAUAUUCCGUGGGAUUCACGCGAUCGACGGGGACAAGCCUAACACACCGAACAGUGAUAUCCACUACGCGAUAGUGAAAGGCAACGAGCAGGGCAAAUUUUCACUGGAAUCCGGCCACAGAACCGCUCUUAUACUUCGUAAACCGGUGGACUACGACAACGGCGAUCGAGAGUUCACGCUGGUCAUUGCGGCCACGGAUCGAGGAGUACCAGCUAGAUCUACAAAUACCACCGUGAAGAUCACAAUCGUGGACAACGAUGAUCUUGAUCCUAAGUUCACGCGGGACGUGUACAAGGCAAAGAUUUACGAAUUCUAUCCAAUGCCGGAUUACCCGAUCUUCAUGCAGAUCAACUUCACCACGCCGAUCCAAGCAACCGAUUGCGACCGGGAUAUCAACGUGGCCGUCCGUUACGACAUAAUAUCCGGCAACGAGCGAGGUUUCUUCCAUCUGGACCCGAAGAACGGUACCCUGUACCUUAAACGAGCGAUCGAUCUGGAUGCCGAAAUGAUUUUACCAUCGAACACUUUCACCUUGCAAAUCCAUGCCUCUCAGGUGGAUAAUCCGUUGAAGACAGCGGUGGCUAGGGUAGAGGUUGAAGUGUUGGACCUGAACGACAAUCUUCCAGAUUUUGAAGUGGAUCUAUAUAAUAUUAGUAUCGUGGAGAAUCUGCCAAACGGUUUUAGCGUUUUACAAGUGAUCGCCCAUGAUCGUGAUCAAGGAGAAAAUGGUCAAUUUGAUUACGAAUUGCAAGAUCCAUCAGGCGCCUUCUCUGUGGAUCCUAGAUCAGGAUGGCUGAUGGUGAAGGACCAGUCGGUUCUGGAUCGAGAGAAACGGGACCAUUUACGAAUGAAGGUCCUCGCCAUAGAACGAAAACCCAGCGUCGUCCUCGGUGGAAGAGGAAAUGGUUCCUCCGUGGACGUCGAAGUAACGUUACUCGAUGCAAACGACAACAAUCCGAUCUUCGUUCCCGGAAAUCUUUACGAGUUGGUAGCUAGAAGUGACUACAAGGUGGGUACCGUCCUUGGACAGGUACACGCGGUCGACGAGGACCUAGGUCCAAACGGCAUGGUCAGGUACAAGCUGCAGAAACCGGGAAACUCGUCCACCAGGACACCACCGUUUGCCGUAGACGAAAUCACUGGUAUGAUCACCGUUUCCGAGAGUCCUAUUCUCGAAGGAAGACACGCGAUCUUCGUGGAGGCUGCGGAUCAGCCGGCGAAUCCAAGUGAAAGGAGAUUCUCCCUGGCUGUUGUCACAGUAGAUGUCUUUAGAUCUGAUGGACCGGAGUCGUUGGAACCAGACUUUGUGGGUGCUCCUUACGAAUUUUGGGUCGGUGCCAACGUUCCAGUCGGCACGAGCGUCGGGCAAAUGCGCUUGAACGACGCUGUAAAGACCAACGAUCUGAUCUAUGAUCUCUUACACAGCUACGAAGAAGGAGUUCCAUUCGCCGUGGAGGAGCGUUCAGGAACGAUUACGGUGGUCGACGAGAUCGAACGAUACGACCGAUCGACCUUCGACUUCGAGGCGGUAGUCACCGACGAAAGAGAGUUGAUGUUGAUCACAAACGUGUCCAUCCACGUGGUCGACCCCAACGACGAGCGUGGAAUCUUUACGAAGGGAACGACCACCGCCCCUCUCGUCUUCCACGCGAAGGAAAACGUUCCUGGCACGUAUAUUGGGCAAGUGCUUCCUCAGAAUGCCACCGGACCGACUACUACCACUGGAACCCACUUUUUUAUCGUCAAUCAACAGGAUGUGCCUGAUAUCUCCAUCACAGAAGACGGCUCCCUAUACGCGCCUCAUGGUCUUGAUAGGGAGACCAAGCAGAAUUACAGUAUCACCGUGAUCGCGGAAAGUCCACGAGGGGUUGGAGUUUUCCAAGUAACAGUGAUCGUUCUGGACGAAAAUGAUCACCCCCCAGUGUUCACGAUGCCCUUGUACGAAGGUACGAUCCUCGAGAACAGCCCAGCAGGGACGAAAGUUAACUUAUCGAAUCCAAUAGCGGCUACGGACAAGGACGAGGGCAUAAAUCAAAACUUCGUGUUCAGUUUGCAUGGCGAGGGUAGCGAGCUUUUCAGAAUUCAUCCGACGACUGGUUUAGUGUACUUCGAAGGAAUCGAUGACCGUACAUUGGAUAGAGAAACUAGAGGGGGUUACAAUUUCACGAUCGUUGCUAAAGAUAGCGGAAGUCUAACUUCGGAGUCAAGGUUAAUGAUAACAGUAACCGACGUGAACGACAAUCCUCCGAGUUUCAUACGAAUGAUCGUAUUACCGGAUCAGGGUGUUCGAGUUUCAAACGAGCCCGAUAUCGAGCCACCGUUCGAAGGGAACGACGUGCUCGAUAUGAGCGAGCAAGCCACCGGAAGCAACCCUCCUAGCAGCCGUCGUUCUCCUCUUCUUCUUGUGCCGGAGAACGCGACGAUCGGCGCACCGAUAAUACGACUACUCGCCGAGGACAAGGACGAGGGCGGGAACGCGGCGAUAACGUACAGUUUGGGAAACGAGACGACUUCCGGUGACGACGUUAGAUUGCGAAGGUUCGACAAGACCAACCGCAGAUACUUUCACCUCGAUCCAAGGUCAGCAGAGAUAUCGGUGGCCAGAGGACUUCCGGCUGAAACUAAUAUUCGUUUGCUUGUGGUGGCUAAAGACUCUGGUGGUCUUGCGGACAAUAUCACUAUCAGGAUCCACGUGGUCGAUGUGAACGACCAUGCGCCCAUCUUCGACAAGUCCUGGUACACAUUCGACGUACCUGAAGGAACCUAUGCUGGAUAUACUCUUGGUACUGUUCAAGCUGUUGAUGCUGAUUUUGGAGUAAAUGCAAAUGUCAGCUACGAGCUGAUAUCAAAUAAUGAAAACCUAGAGAAUUCGGAGAGUACCUCAAGAUCCUUCGACAUUGCUCCUUAUCAAGGAACAAUUAGAGUUAGCGGUGUUUUGGACAGAGAGACAGCGCCUACUCAUAGACUCCUAGUGAUGGCUCGUGAUAAUGGUACACCGCAAUUAAGCUCAACGGUGGAAGUUGAAGUGAACGUGUUAGACGUGAACGACAAUUCUCCCAUGUUCUUCGGUUACGACGAGAUGGAGAAAGAUGAGAAUGGAGAUCUGUUACCGGUUUAUCACGCUUCAGUGUUCGAAAACAGUCCCGUAGGCGGCCAGGUGAUCAAAGUAUACGCCAACGAUACCGACUUCGCUGGAAACGGGAACGGUUUGAUUCUCUUCGACUUGAGUCACCAGGGACAUCCCGAAAAACAGUAUUUCGCCAUCGACAGUAAAGAGGGUACCAUCACGACGAUUGCCACUCUAGACUAUGAAACUCAGAAGAGUCAUCGAUUGACGGUCACUGCUAGCGAUCUCGGGACUCCGGUUAGCUUGACCUCCUCAGCGGUAGUCAUCGUUACCGUAUUGAACGUCGACGACGACGAAGAGGAGGCUGACAACGAGGUACAUAAGACUCCUUCGUUUAAGAGUCGAUAUUAUGAAGUGGAGGUUGAGGAAAACGUUCCUGUGCCCGUUAUGGUCGCUCAGUUGGACGUGGCCGAUGGCCAGCAAGGAGAUCACAUCAGGUACAGCAUCGUUGCUGAUGAUAACAAUGCUAGAGAGCACUUCUCGGUCGACCCGAAGAACGGCUCGUUGUAUUUGAUAACGGACGUGGAUAGAGAGGUGAACGAUCGAUACGAGGCCAAGGUCAGAGUUGACAGGGUGAAGAUUGGUCGCGGGAUGCCCGUGAUGAUUUACCCGGUUGUCGGUGAAAGGCUGAAUGGUCUGUCGCCUAACGAGGCCAGGGUCGUUGUCAGGGUGAAGGAUGUGAACGACAAUGCGCCCAGAUUCAAGUCAAAGGGCCGACCCAUCUUAGCUGCGGUACCCACUACUGCCCAUUAUGGGUAUGAGGUCGUCAAGGUGGAGGCGGAAGACCCGGACGAGGGUGCAAACGCCGAGAUUCGUUACCAAAUUCUUGGCCGGGAAGACGCGCCGCGAUUCGCCAUUGACCCACUGAGCGGUCAAGUACGAUCCGUGGCGAGUUUUGGCCGUGAUGCUGGACGCGUUUUCGGCUUCGAUGUGAAGGCCACCGACAGACGGGGCGCCGAGGAUGGUCGUAGCAGCAUCGCCAACGUCUUCGUGUACGUGCUGGACGACCAAAAGCAAGUGGUGAUGGUGGUUGGUCGAAGACCCAUGGAUAUAGAGCCUCAACUGGAGAACAUCACUGCGGUGCUGCAAAAUGUGACGGGUCUGGAUGUUCGAGUGAGAAAACUGGAGCCACACAUUGAAAAGAAUCUGAUCGACACCACAUCUACUGAUGUUUAUUUGUAUGCAAUUGAUCCUCAUUUAAAUGUCAUGAUAGACAUGGACACUUUGCAUAACGUAUUUAACACAAAGAAGAUGGAAAUCAAACGUGAGUUGGACGAGUACGAUGUCUUAGACAUCGCCGGAAGUUCUCCACGUCGGGGUAAUCAACGUUACCUGUUGUCAACCCUUGAAGUGGGUGUGGUGGUGCUCGGGUGUGUCGUGUUUGUGGGCGCCCUUGUCACUGCCCUCUGUGUCACUUGCGUUCGCCGAAAUAAACGUCGCAGACGUCGAGAGAAAGCAAUGUUCUCGACCACCAGCCCGAUUGGAUUCGCUUUGGCAGAUCCAGCCGCAACGUUGCAGAAACCGCCUCUGUUCCCGACCUUCGUGGAUGGCCUUCAUUACGACCCUGAACCAUUCUGCACCGACAUGCCGAGGCGACAGAGCAUCUGCGAACACGGAGCCAACUGUGCUCGGUUCCACGCAGACGGCGGGGGUGGUUGCAGGAUGGGCGGUUGUAGUAAGCACGCCGGGAGGACGACAGGGACCCCGAAAGGCCUCGAGGCAUCCGCGACGUCCUUGCAUUCCAGCGGUCAGGAUUCUGGGAUCGUGGCGCGCGCCUCCUGCCACUGCAGUCACUCGUCGAGCCCCUCCAGUGGCGAGAGCAGCAACGGUUACGAGGACUCUCUAAAGUCCCUGCAGCGUCGUGAAAGAACGAACGACAUGUCUCGUGGAAGCCACGAUACAUCGAGCGUGGUCGGUAGACGAGCUAACCAAGCAACCGCGAGAAGGCGGCAACGAUUUAACUCCUUCUCCAACGGGGAAUCCGUUUACUCCCACGAGAUGACAUUGCAACGAGAGCAACGUUGUUGCGUGGGCACCGAGAAGAGGCGGAAAAACGACGGGCUAACGCGCGAGCAUCGUCGGGCACAUUCUGAAGCGGAAAACAACAUCACCGAGACGGUGAUACACGAGCAUCCUGGUAGUGAAAUCCCGUUGUCGAGCUCCUUGCAAAAUACCUCGAGCCUUCACGGUAUCAGAUCCAGCCAUAUGCUCUAUUAACCCUGAUGAGACAUUAACGAAGGAGGGGCUUUCAAAAAGGGAGCAGGAUGAUAGCCCUUCUGGCCAUGAGUUUUUUUUUAUUGUUCAUAGCAUUCUUCGUGAAAGGUUCUGCUGAAGCUUUUUAAAAAGUAUUCGCGUUUUGCACAAUGUUUCCAGUGCAGCGAAGGAUACGAUUAAUUCCCUUUGAUCAUUCGUGUUGCAGUACCAGCUUGUAGCUUUCUAUUGUUGAUACUGUUCCUUUUUAAGAGAGUAAAAUGAUAACUGAAAAGCAGAUCGAUGAAUUUGAAGUAAUAUUUUAUUAUUUUUAUAAUUAUUAAAUUUCUUUGUGAAAAACAUUUUUCAGGACAGUUUCUAUAGAAAUUUUAAUUACAGCUUCAAAUAAUCAACGUCUUCUUUAAUUGGAAAGCAUUAUUUCUUACACAUCACUGUAACAAAUUAAUUUUAAAAAAGGGCACGUUUGAUCUGUUUUUUAAAAUACUCAUUUUCGUUGCACACGAGAAAUGGGUGGAAAGUUUUCGUACUACUGAUAAGGUUUGUAUUUAUAAGAAGUUACCAUAAACGUUGAAUCUUGAAAGGGAAACAUUCCGAUUAGCGAACUACCUAGUUGUUCGCGUAAAAGGUGUGUUAUACGCAAAAUGUGUCAUCUCGUUGCCAAAGUACUCGUCAUUAAUUCGAAAGUCAUUUGUUCAUGUAAAUAUACGAGAAACUAUGCCGGUACUUUGUGAACCACUAUCAUUAUAUUUUCUAUAGCUAUUCUUUUUAUACGUGAUCAUCACUAUUUAUCGUGUAGUAAUAUAACAUGUAAAUGUUGCGUGUACAGUGCAAUAUACAUUUUGCGUUGAUGAAAUGUUAUCUUUCUGUAAGUUUCUUUUUCAAAGAACGUCAAACGUGGAAUUUUGAUUUCUGAAAAAUCCUACUCUUACGAGUUCCACUUAAAUUAUUGUUAAAACAAAUUUCAUACGAUUAUUUCUACACUGAAGGAAAAUUAUCAUUUUCUACGUUUGAGGUUUAUCCGCAAACAAGCGAAUAAUUCCUUGUUUGGGUGCACAGGUGCCUUGUGAAUACUCGAAUCUUCUAACUACCCCUACUGAGCAUAUCUAAAGCAACUGUAAGAAAAUGUAACAUAUGUACGUAAUGAUGUAUAAUUUAUACAGACGGUUCGUGACGGACCGUCGGCAAAUAACUGUGUUAUGAAUCGUUAAUAAAGGUAAUUAACGUAAGUUAUCCAA